CGCCUCCCCUGUCGCCUCCGUCACAUGCCAAAAAUGGGUGGUGUCAAGAAGGGUUGGGUGCGUCAAUUCGUCGUAGUUUGAGACUUUAAAUUAUUUCUAUACAUCUCGCAAGAUCGCAAUGCCUUGCCGUCUGUGUAUGUUUCGCAAGUUCUCGAUAUGAGAGAUGAAGAAUUCAGCGUCAGCUCCGUUCGCGAUUCUGACGUAAUACACGCUACAAAGAAGGACAUUCCGUGUAUAUUUAGGAUAACUACGUCGUUAUUGGAGCCUCCUGGAUUGAGAAAUCAUACAUUAAUGUUGGCGGAUACGGAGAGUGAAAAAACAAAAUGGGUGGUAGCCUUAAGUGAGCUUCAUAGAAUUUUAAAGAGAAACAAUCUUCCAAACACAACGGUAUAUACUUAAUAAUUGCAAAUAUUGUAACAUAGUUCUUCUUUGUCUUUCCCUUUUCCAUGUUCUUUUACUCUCUUUUUCAUACUUUUAAUUAUUAUCGACGGAAAGCUGUAAAUGUCACUUUUUAUGAGUAUAAAUGUCAAGACUAUUAACACUAUUCUAAACUUUCUUUUCAGGUAAACAUAAAUGGGAUAUUGAAAUGGGAUGUGACAAGAUACAAAGUUUAUCGUUAUCAAGCCUUAUUAGCAAGUGCAAAACUCAUUACAACGUAUAUCUGCCAGUUAAUACGAAAUCUUACAAUUUACUGGCAAUAAAAAUUUACAUUUCCUGUCCAAUAUGCAAAUCAGCGUCCUUGGCCGCGUCCUCGUCCUCUCUGUUCCCUGCCUCGCUGUCCCCUAAAUGGUAUUCAAGCAAUUGUAUCUGUCCGCGAGGUUUCAUCUCUCGCGUCGUUUUCCGCUCUUGAAUUUAUUCUAAACUUUCUUUACAGGUAAAUAUAAAAAAAUGGGAUAUUGAAAUGAGAUGUGACAAGAUACAAAGUUUAUUGUUAUGAAGCUUUAUUACCAAUUACAAAAUUGUGUAUCUGAUUACAACGUAUAUCUGUCAGUUAAUUAUACAAAAUCUUAUUUUGAAUACGAAAAAUCUCGAAACUGAUGUAACUAUUCACUGGCAAUAAAAAUUGACGUUUCCUGUCCAAUAUGCAAAUUCGCGUCCUUGGCCGCGUCCUCGUCCUCUGUCCUCUGCCUCGCUGUCCUCUGCCUCGCUGUCCCCUGCCUCGCUGUCCCCUUCCGCCUUUUUCCCAUCGAGCUGAAAAAUGUAAAAUG